AUGGAGAAUUCUGAUCCCAUCAAGAACAUAACGCCGAGCAGAGAACUUGCUUGGUACAUUCCUGAUCUUUCGGAUCGAAUAACCGCAGAGAGUCACCGAGUACUGGAAAAUUACGGUGGUAUCCCCUCUGGAGACGUAUUGGGACAUAUCCAUACAAUACGUGACAAAGCCUGGGAGAUCCGCCCUUAUCCUUGUACUGGCUUAGGAACUUUUCUUCAACCAACAAUCAACUUGAUUCCUCCCUAUAAAAAGAUAAUCGAGACUCUUAAGAAUGGAGGGUCAUUUCUUGAUGUUGGGUGUUUUCUGGGACAAGAUCUAAGACGUUUGGUUUUCGACGGAGCGCCAUCCGGGAACCUUUACGGAAUUGACAUAGUUAGCCAUUGGGGAGCUCAGGUCUCACAGUACCGCGAUCGCAGCCUAUGCCUUACCAAUUAUUGGACGGGUAGAUCGCAUCUGGGUUAUGAGUUGUACCACGACGAGGAUAAAUUCGAGGCACAUUUUAUUGAAGCAGACCUGAUCAAACCCUUUCAAGAGUUGAGUGCUUUGGAGGGCAAAAUGGACGUGAUUCAAGUCACGCACGUUUUUCAUCAAUGGGGAUGGGAAGGUCAGAUUGGAGCCGCGAAAGAAGUUGUCAAAUUCUCAAAGCCAGGAAGUCUCGUGGUGGGUUUCCAAGCUGGUACAGCGGGGGGAACAACAAAAAUACCGGUGGGGGGUUCAUCACAUUCUUGGAUGAGACAAGAUCCAGGAAGUUGGGCUGAGAUGUGGGAAGUGGUGGGCAAAGAGACUGGAACCCGGUGGAAGAGUGAGGCCUUUUUGUUGCCUUACAGUGCACUUGGAGUUGCAGCAACGGAUGUUGAAUAUCUCGGACCUCUGUCGAGACUUUUGCGAUUCGUAGUCACACGACAAGAGUGA